AUGGCAAUCGCCACGUUGUUCCCCAAAGAAGAGGGCGCUGGAUUCUCCCUCACGACGCAGAGCCAUGGCGAAUGUAAAGUUCGCGUCGACCUUCCCAGUUCGAUUUCUCACCCCGACUGGGAGAAGAUUUUCAACAGCCGAAUGUUUCAGGAUUGGUUGUCCGUCUACGCCACUGCGGAUCGUCUCCGUCUGGUGCGCGUCUCUCUGGAAAGCACCCAACAUGGCAAAUCGGCUCGAGAAGACACGCUCACUUCUCUGACCAUGCAUGUCGACGCGGCAGACAAGGACGGUGACGUGUAUUCGGGUCCGGUGUAUCUACGGCCGCAGCGCCGGGCAGUGCUGGUGCUGCUGCGGAACACGGAGACGCGAACAGAUAUGUGUUUGUUUGUGAGGAAGCCGAAUUUGUCGGUUGGCCUCGCCGAUACACUCGAACUUCCCGAGGGAGACUUCGAGGCGGAGACAGGGAAGUUUGUGGGGCCUGCCGCGGAGGAGUUGGAGAGGCAGCUCGAUGCGCCGAUCUACGAGAAGCACUUGGUGAAUCUGACUCAAGUCACCUUUGGCGGCGGCGGACUCGCUCUCGGCGGAGACCUCUCCGCGUCUCUCGCAUCCGAAGGCAAGGCGCCGAAGAAUGCGAAUGCGAACGAGAAAGACGAGAAAGGCGUGCGCAUCCCGGUCGCCAUGACAGGCGGCGACCGCGUGGAACUCUACCUCUACCGCGCGAACGUCUCUCCCGAAACGAUGGCAGGAAUUGAAAGCCGAAUCGGCCGCGUCCGCAGGAGAGGAAAGAAUGCGGCCAAUGCAGGAUCCGAAGUCGUCCCUGCCACAAAAACUGCACACAGCGAAGGAGUGAAACUCAGUCUGGUGCAGCUGGGAGACGCCUGGGGCUUGGCUGCAGACGCGCCGGCCGUCAGUGCGUUGUUUUUGGUCCACGAGCUGCGCUACCACCGCCUGAUGCCCAAGUACCGGAAUCCGCUGGAGGGAGCCGAAGCGGAAGCGAAGAGUCCCCGGCCGGUUCAGAAGGCCGUCGCGACCUUCAAAAGCAUCCAGGAUCUCGAGCCGACCUCGAAGGGCUUGAACCUCCGCGUCAAGGUCGUCUCACCCAAAGUCGUCGACCGCGACCGCACGUUCCCUAGCGGCCGGACGAGCCGGGAAGGCCACAUGGUUGUAGGUGACGACGGCGCGGUCAUCACUCUCAAGCUGGUUGACCAGCAGAUGGAGCUGCCCGACGCAGAGGGAACGCCGCUGCUCAUCCGCAAUGGGUUGAUCAGCAUGGAGGAGGGACACAUGAAGCUCGUCGUCGAUCGCUGGGGGAAAAUCAUCUCGGAAAUCCCCGAGGCGGAGAAGGACAGCUUCAAAUUCACAGUGAACGGCGCCCGGGACAUGUCUGCUACGGAGUACGAGCUCGUCGUUCUUAAAGAUGGCGAUGAAGGCGACAAUGGAGCUGUCUCUGGUGGCCGGGGUCGCGGCGGCCGGGGGCGAGGCCGAGGCCGGAGAGGCAUGGGACGCGGUCGACGAUAA